ACCAAAUCCACAGAAGAGUGUAAAUCACCGCUGCGGACGUGCAGCUCCGGCAGAUGUGAGCAGUUUUCCUCCGGCUCUCAGCCUCCAGUGGACGAGCUGUGUGGACAGUAGAGUCAGUCACAGAGAACAACAAUGACCUGGCUCCUGUGUCCGCACUGAUCUCAAGUGGGCUGCAUCUUUUCACUUUUAUUGAUUGACUUUUUUUUUUUAAAUUUGUCUCUCAAGUGAGGAGACUGCUGCCAACACCAAGUCCAAACGGUUUUUGUCUGUGACGGUCUGCUGUGAAACCACGAUGGUCCCCCUGUGGUCCCCCAGACUCAUCCUGCUCGUACUCGCUCUCGUCCCUCAAGCGUGUCUGGCGUGCCCCCCCGGCUGUCGCUGCUACAGCCUCACAGUGGAGUGUGGAUCUCUGGGGAUCAAAGAAAUCCCUCAGGGUGUCCCUUCUUUCACAGAGACCAUCUUCCUCCAGGACAACGCUAUAGUGCAGAUCCGUCUUCAGGACUUGACUCGUCUGGGCAGCCUCCAUUACCUGUACCUCCAGAACAACAGCAUCUCAGCACUGGAGCCCGGAGCCUUUCUUAGCCAGGGGCAGCUUCUGGAGCUGGCCCUCAACGGUAACCUCAUCCACCUGGUCACCCCCGACAUGUUCCGGGGUCUGGAGCACCUUCGGAUCCUCUACCUUGCAGGCAAUCAGAUCACUCGAGUCCAGGACCACACCUUCAGGGGACUGCAGCGUCUGCAGGAACUUCACCUGCAGGAAAACAGCAUUGAGCUGCUGGCAGAGCAAGCCCUGUCUGGCUUGUCAUCUCUGGCUCUGCUGGACCUCAGCAGAAAUCACCUCCGCACCCUGGGAGCAUCGUCCCUCAAACCGCUUGUUAGCCUGCAGGUGCUGCGUGUCACAGAGAAUCCAUGGCGCUGUGAUUGCGCUCUUGCUUGGCUAAGAACAUGGAUCAGCGAAGACGGUCAGCGACUGCUGAGCUCUGCUGAGCAGCGUCAGCUGAUGUGUUCGGAACCACCUCGCCUCUCCCACCUCAGCCUGGUGGAGGUGGCUCCCAACAGCCUUGUUUGCAUCCCCCCUGUGGUUCAGCUGGAACCUAGUCACCUGACUGUGCGACUAGGGGAGAGCCUCAGAGUCUCCUGCCAGGCCUCAGGAUACCCUCAGCCUCAGGUGACCUGGAAGAAAGCGUCCCAUGGCAAGGCCCAGUUAUCCCCCCGAGGCCUGGUUCAAGAGCUGGGACCCAACGGUGAGCUCUUCAGGCCUGGAGCUGGAGGAGUGGUAACUGCCCUGCCCAGUGGCGUAGGGAUUAAGGUGGGAGGUGUUGGUGGGAUCCAUGGGCUUGUGCGGGGAACUGAGGAGGGUGGAGAGAGGGACAGCUUUGACCCGGACAUGGGCAGUGGCAUGUUGUUUCUCAGCAAUGUGACUGUAGCUCACGCUGGACGCUAUGAGUGUGAGGCCUGGAACCCGGGUGGAGUAGCAAGAGUUACCUUUCACCUAGCUGUCAACAUGUCCUCUUCUUCAUAUUCAACCCAAUUCUGGCCUCGUUUGAACUCACACUCCUUUGUUUCCUCUUCGUCUAACUCCCUCUAUCAACCAGAUGUUCUGGAUGUGAGUCAGGAGCCGCUGUAUGAGCAGGACAGCAUGGAUUUUAGUGCUCUGGGCCCCGCCACACAAACCGCAAUUGCGAUUGGCAUCUCCUUGCUGGCACUCACUGCUGUUCUCCUCCUGAUUAUGAUCUACACUCGCCACCAGCAGUACCAGAAAGAGGAAGGGGGUUCCUACUGUACGAGUAAGGAAGAGAGCAUCCUUUAUGUGAACGACUACUCUGAUGGACCCACAACAUUUGCUCAGCUGGAGGAGUACCGCGAUGACCAUGGUCAUGAGAUGUAUGUCCUCAACCGGGCUAAGCCUGUUUUGGGGUCCACUUCAUCCAGGUGUCCCAUGAUGAGCGGGUUCGUCCAGCAGAAAGGUAUGAAGGAAGUGCUGCUGGACCACGAAAUGGUGCAGACACUUACCAGAUCAGGUGGAAUGGGGCUAAGCAGAAACCCAGCAGACGGAGGCGAGGGACCCCUGACAACGGACCCGGAGGAGCUCUUCCUCAGUCAGAGUCUCCUCUUCGGAUCACAGGUUGCCUAUGAGAUCCACUGCUAAGGGGUUAUAAUUGUGUUCUGACACAAAACAAUAUGUUGAUGGACUUAAUUUAAGACAUUAAGGGAAAUAAUGUGAAGUGUCAGAUUGAUAUGUGGUCUACAACAGAGGGGAGAAUGUCAGUUAGAGAUCCACAUUUUACGGAUUGUACAACAUUAAGAUGAAAGUGAUUAAGUGUGGAAAAACUGAACAACACCUAACUGUCUCCACAUCAACCCUUUAGAGAUAAUUAUAAGUUGCUAACCUUAUCAGAAGUGGUUAGUAAGAGUUAAUAUGAAUUCUCACAAAAGAGGCUGAAACUGUGCAUCACAUAGCGGCAACUAACUAUGGAUUAAAAACAGCGUUUGUAUUUAUGAUUUAUUUUUUCUUUACGCUUUGUGUGUUCUGUCUGUGUUUUGUGUAAAUAUGAUAAUAGAACAAAUUUUCACUGUGAAGUACAGUUGUUGUUUUGUGGACCCUGUUGCAAAUUAGAAUUUGACCUAAAUGAAUCUUACUGAAACUGCAUAGUCAUUAUUCGUAUGUGUUAGUGGGCGAGGGUGGGUGGAUUUGUCUAAAGAGGUUCCUUUUAAAUGCCGCUGCAGGUCUUUUAUAAAACUUUUUUUUUUACCAUAGCAUUGUUUUCCUUGAUGUUAAUGUUUCAUGUUUUUUUCUACCUAUUUGUCAAAACACUAGGAAAUAACAAUUUCCACUGUCUGAACCAGAAUUGUUGGUGGAAUUAACUAGCAUCAG